AUGGCUAUGACAAUUAAAUUUGAUGAAUAUUGGCAAAAAUUGGAUCAAUCAUCCUUUAUGAUUGCUUCACUCAAUCCAAAUAUUAAGCUUUCAUUAUAUAACACAGAAAAACAAUAUAAGGCUCAAGAAUAUAUGAAAAACCUUUAUUCAAAAUAUAAUACCUCUAAUACUAGUUCAUCGUCCAAAACAAAUACUGUACAAUUAACUUCAUGUGAUUAUUUCAAGAAGGCUCUUAAGCAUUCGUUUAAUUCUCCUGGUGUAGCAAGUGAAUUACGAAACUAUCUUAAGUCAGCAGAAGUUGAUUGUAAA